AUGUCCACAUCUCGGGGCCCAACUACUGGAGAAAUUAUCGUGGAUCACGAGGAGGACGGAUUCGAAACCCUGACACCUGGGAAACAGGCCACAGUGCUUACACUCAUCGGUGAUUGUUACACAAAGCUUAGGCAGCCUGCACAAGCGGAGUACUACUAUGUGCGAGCAGUGGCUUUCAAGAAAAGAAUCCCGGUGGAUGCUCCCCCGAAGCGGAAAGGGAAACGAACCCCGAAACCCACGCCACCGAAAACAGCAACUACGGAGCACGAGGUGAAAUAUCGGUUAGCCAAAAGCCAGAGAGCUGUGAGAAACAUCACGCUUGCGUUGAACACGAUGGACUCCAUCCCGAUAAGGAACCGAGCGGUGAAGAUGUCGCUGUUUCUUGGCAAACUUAGACAGGAACGAGGACAAGACAAUGGGGCCAUCAACUGCUUCAAAGCUGUUUUGAAGAUUGAUCCGCUCUGCGUUGAUGCUGUAAGAGGGCUUUUCGAGUUGGGCAUGAAGCUGGAUGACCUUCUGGCUUACCUUUUGAUGGUCUUUCCGUCUGGCCCGGAGAUCUUUCUGGCUGAUAUACAAUGGUACAUGACGCUCCUUGUGGCCGAAGGAGCGAUAAAUGAGGGGGACUACGAGCGAGCGAUCGACAGCCUCAAUUCCUUGGAGUACCCGUGGCACAGAAACCCUCACGUAUUCCGGAAGUCUGUUUUCUACAGCGGGACGAUGGGGAAAGCCUUGUAUUUGAUGGGAGACCGUGAGGCAGCUCUCUCUGAAUUAGAAAAGGCCUUGAGGACGAACAUCAUGCUAGCACCACAUAUGGAGUUCCUUGCCAUCAUCUACUCGACGGAGUCGUGCGUGAAGCCAGUGACCGCCGCGAAAAGGGUCGUACCUUUCGAACUCUUGCUACGACGGCUGGAGCGGUACAAGUUGAACAGCUUGGACAGGUUCCUGACCCGGGCGUACUACGCAAGAAUGCGGAAGAUGAAUGCUUUAGCUUCUGGGAUAGUCGUGAAACUGGACAAGAUGUACCGGAACAAUCCUGAGGUUACUCUGCUGCGAGGCGUGUUGCUGAUGUCUGACAGGGAAUGGAGAGAGGCUGUGGGUGUGCUGAAAUAUGCGAUUGAGCUGGCGCCUUACAGGUUCGAAUCUUAUGAGAUGCUAGUGGAAGCUUACUUGUCCAUCACCAUGAUCAAAGAGGCCAUCCAGGCAGCCAAGGAUUGCAUUGAGAAAAUUGGGGAGACGGAAAGGAGCUUGACGUUGUGCGCUGGAGCUAUGAAGAGGGAUACCAGUAUUCCGAUUCCAAAGCUGAGAACAAUGCUAGAACGGGCGAAUGAAAUGAAUCCUCGUUAUUUGCCGUCCGUUUACUCUCUUGUCGAACUU